UGGUGUCAAUUAGUUUACUCAGGCUUAUUAACUUGCAUUCGUUUCUACAACAUCGCAUAUAAUGACAAAGUGCAUUGAUAAAUAUAGAUCAUGAUGACGAGACAUACAUCCUAUGAAAUUUCAUUGUGAUUAGGGUAACGUUACUACGGUUCACGGUUAAAUGUAAGAGUAUUGGCCCGUACUAGAACACGUUAAAUUCUUUGUUUAAAAACACCACAAUAGCCUUUAUCGUAUUAGCGAGAAAUUCAUUAGACGGAUACAUCUGAGGUUGUAAAGACAACGACAAAACAACAACGUCAAACACAUUAAAAGUUAGCGUUUUUCGAGCUGUUAACGAGUCGACUGACGUGACUGACAAUCACAUAAACCAGUGACAUGCGUCGGUGGGCGUGGCUUAAUCCGUAUUCGUUUCCGGGGUCAGUUAUGUGGUAAACGUGCGUGAAUGUUUGAACUGGCACGUGCCUUGUGCGCGCGGUAAGUUCCUGUUGUGGUUCAUCCUAUCGGGCUUGUGUUGCUUUAGAUUCGCUGAGUUCAGUUAAUUUGUGUUAAUGUUCUAUUCAGUUUUCAGUUUGUGUUAAACGCUGUGUUUGUACUUUUACUGGCCAGAGAGAAAUAUUCGAAUAUCCGGCUGUAACACGGUGUCAUUAAACGCUUCUGUGCUAAUGGAGGAGACAGCGGGUUCACCUCCGGUUCUGAGCGGCGAGAAACGUUGCGGUGCACGCGAGGAUCCAGAACCCGCAGCCAAGAGGUUCAGAGUUGAGGAUGAGCACGAGGAAGAGGAGAGCGAAGCAAGAGAUGAGGAGGAGCAGGGGGGUGAUGAAGAGGAGAAGGGAGAUCAUUUUGCUGAUAUGAUGAAGCAUGGCCUCAGUGAGUCAGAUGUUGGCAUUCACAAGUUUAUCAGCGAUCAUGAAGGAUUCUCUGGCAUCUUAAAGGAAAGGUACUCAGACUUUGUGGUCCAUGAGAUUAAUAAAGACGGGAAGAUUGUUGCUUUGGAUGACCUGUCAGUUCCUGCUGAUGUUGAGGAAACAUCCACCGACUGUGAUAACACUGACUGUCCCGUCCUGACAGAAGAGCAGAAACUACAGCUGACCGAGCUACAACUCUUCAAAAACAAAGAGGGAAAUGUGGCCAUCGAGGUGCUGGAAGACUCGAAGGAGAAGCGCACUCUCUUGCACAAAGAGGUGAAGACUCUGUUUCCAGGCCUGGAGACCAAAACUGAAGAGAGAGAAGGAAAGAGAUUCAUCGUGGCGUAUCACGCAGCUGGAAAGAAAGCUCUGUCAGAGGUCAGAAGCUCAGCAGCCCCUCGAAAACAUUCCUGGCCAAAGACUCGUGGAAGUUUCUGCCAUUUUGUGCUCUAUAAAGAGAACAAGGACACCAUGGAUGCCAUCAACGUCCUGUCCAAGUUCCUCAGGGUCCGACCCAACAUGUUCUCAUACAUGGGCACUAAAGACAAGCGGGCCGUCACGGUGCAGGAGAUCGCAGUUCUGAAGAUCAGCGCUGAACGAUUAGCUCAUCUGAACAAGUGCCUCAUGAAUCUGAAGCUGGGAAAUUUCUGCUACAAGAAUCGUCCAUUAAAACUGGGAGAACUGCAGGGAAAUCACUUCACUGUCAUUCUCAGGAACAUCUCGGGCUCACAGGAGCAGGUGGAGCGUGCCAUGACCUCACUGAGGGACACGGGCUUUAUCAACUACUACGGCAUGCAGCGUUUUGGGACCACAGCCAUCCCCACGCAUCAGAUCGGCAGGGCAAUAUUACAGAACAACUGGAAGGAGGUGGUGGAUCUCAUCCUGAAACCUCGUCCUGGAGCGGAGAAAAGUUAUCUGGUGAAAUGCAGAGAAGAGUGGGCACGUUCUCAGGACCCAGAAGCUGCUCUGAAGAAACUUCCGGUCAAACGGUGUGUAGAGGGUCAGUUACUCAGGGGUCUGGUGAUGUACGGCACGAACAACAUCAUCACAGCGUUUGGACUAAUCCCCCGUAACAACCGCUUGAUGUAUAUCCACAGUUAUCAGAGUUACGUGUGGAACUCCAUGGUCAGCAAACGUGUGGAAGAGUUCGGUCUGAAGGCAGUGGGGGGAGAUUUGAUACUCAAGGGGGGCAGUGCUCACGUGUUGUCAGAUGAUGAAGCAGAGAAGCAAUCCAUUCAUGAUGUGGUGAUGCCACUCCCAGGGUUUGAUGUCAUCUACCCCACUCACAGCGUGGGUCAGUGCUACAGUGAGAUGCUGAGCGCCGAUAAUCUGGACAUCAGUAACAUGAGACACAAAGUUCGUGAUUAUUCUCUCGCCGGCGCUUACAGAAGAGUCGUCAUACGGCCCAGGGACGUCCGCUGGGAGUUGAUUCAUUAUGACGAUCCACGCGUGCCUCUCGUUCACACAGAUGUGGAGAAACUAGAAAACAGACCGGCUCCAGUUUACCUCAAAGAGGGGAAAUAUCGAGUACUUAAGAUGGAGUUUUCACUGCCGUCCUCUACGUAUGCCACCAUGGCCAUCAGAGAGGUUCUGAAGAUGGACACCAGCAUAAAAAAUCAGACUCGGCUCAACACCACCUGGUUUAAUUGACCAAUCACAUUGUCCCUCUGCCACACUUACGUGUAUUUAUUAUUUCUUCUCCACAUGUCUUUGAUGAGCUUAAAAUGAACUGUUGCUUUGUAUGCACGACUGAAAAUAAAAUGAACAGUAGGAGG